AUGUUGUCGUCAGCAUUUUCUGCUCCUGAAGAAGCGACAUAUACCCAAGUUAUUAAACCGACCUGUGAAGCUUUUCAAGAAAUCGGUGAACGUUGGCCUAGUCAACAACCGAUACAGUAUCCGCCCCAGGCUAGUGCCUCAUUUCAGCUAUUAUUUCCUUCUCAGACUGAUUGGUCAUCAUAUCAUCAUCAUCAUCAUCAUGCGCAUAUUCAACAGUUGCAGCAAUCAACCGUUAUGGCACCGCCACCUCCACCACAAUCACAAGUUGAGAUGAAACAAGAGCCAGAACGACCUGAUAUUAUUCAACGAUUAUCUGCUGCUCCAUCAUCAUGGCCUUAUACAUUCUCACAAGAAGAUUUAGCUUUAUGUUCUAAUCAACUACCUGAUGAUUCAGAUUCGACUUGUUCUGAAGAUCUUGAAGCAUUUGCUAAGGCCUUUAAACAAAGAAGGAUUAAACUUGGAUAUACUCAGGCAGAUGUCGGCUUAGCACUUGGCACACUCUAUGGAAAUGUAUUUAGUCAAACUACCAUAUGUCGCUUUGAAGCCUUACAAUUGAGUUUUAAGAAUAUGUGUAAAUUAAAGCCGUUAUUAUAUAAGUGGUUAGAGGAAGCAGAUUCAACAAGUUCAUCUCCAAAUAGUGCAUUUGAAAAAAUGACUGGACAAGGUGGAAGGAAACGAAAAAAGCGCACUUCUAUUGAAGUACAAGUAAAAAAUCGCUUAGAAUAUCAUUUUCAAAAAAAUCCUAAGCCUAAUGCUCAGGAAAUUGCGCAAGUUGCGCUAGAGCUUCAACUAGAAAAAGAAGUCGUCAGAGUUUGGUUUUGUAAUAGGAGGCAAAAAGAAAAACGUAUGACCCCGCAAUACGGUCAGGAACUUCUUGUACAUUCGAAUCCAUAUUCACAAGAUACGUUCGUAUAUAAUUAA